AUGUCAGACUUGUACUUUAACUUGCGGAUGGCCAGCAAACAAUUUGAAAGACAAAGAGUGAAACAAGCGGAAAUGAUGAAUACAGUUGCUAAAACAUUAGGGAGUGUUGUGAAAGGUCUCGACAAGGCACUUGAAACUUUGGACACUGAAAAAAUUGGAGUGAUAAUGGAUAAAUUUGAACAACAAGUUGGAGACAUGGAUGUGACUGUUCAACACAUGGAAUCAAGUAUAAAUACAGUGACAAGUACAAUCACUCCAGAGGAUGAAGUCAAUUCCCUCAUGGCACAAGUCAUUGAUGAAAAUAAUAUGGAUCUCGAUCAAACACUUUCACUUGCUAAGGUUGGAAAGGACGCCAUCAGUGAAAUUCAAGCAGAAUCUCUCAAAAAAGAAGUUGAAAAGCAAAGAGAGAAAAAGAAAGCUGUGCUUUUAUAA